AUGGCGCGCCACCACCACCACCAACACUUCGUCUCCCACCUCCGAGCCUCCGCGCCGCUCGCCGACCUCCUCCGCGCCGCGCCGAGCCUCCGGGCCGCCCGCGCCGCGCACGCGCGCGCCCUCAAAUCUCCCUUCGCGGACGAGACGUUCCUCCUCAACACCCUCGUCACCUGCUACGGGCGGCUCGGCCGCCUCGGCGACGCGCGCAGGGUGUUCGACGGGAUCCCGCGCCCCAACACCUUCUCCCACAACGCGCUCCUCUCGGCGCACGCGCGGCUCGGCCGCCCCGCCGACGCGCGCGCCCUCUUCGCCGCCAUCCCGGACCCGGACCAGUGCUCCUACAACGCGGCCAUCGCCGCGCUCGCGCAGCACGGCCGCGGCGCCGACGCCCUCCGCUUUGCCGCCGCCAUGCACGCCCACGACUUCGUGCUCAACGCCUACUCCUUCGCCAGCGCCCUCAGCGCCUGCGCCGUCGAGAAGGACUCAAAAACCGGGGCGCAGCUGCACGCCCUCGUCUCCAAGUCGCCCGCGCACGGGAACGACGUGUACGUCGGGAGCGCGCUCCUGGACAUGUACGCCAAGUGCGAGUGUCCGGAGGCGGCAAGGAAGGUCUUCGACGCGAUGCCGGAGCGGAACGUCGUUUCCUGGAACAGUCUGAUCACCUGCUACGAGCAGAACGGCCCUGUGGGCGAGGCGCUCGUACUGUUUGUCGGGAUGAUGGACGCUGGUUUCGUGCCCGAUGAGGUGACGCUUGCAAGCGUCAUGAGCGCAUGUGCGGGCCUCGCCGCGGAUAGGGAAGGGCGGCAGGUUCAUGCGCGCGUGCUGAAAUCCGACAGGUUGAGGGAGGACAUGUUGCUGAGCAAUGCUCUGGUGGACAUGUAUGCCAAAUGCGGGCGGACAUGGGAGGCCAGGUGCGUAUUCGAUCGCAUGCCUUCCAGGAGCGUUGUCUCUGAAACAUCGCUGAUCACUGGCUACGCAAGGUCUGCAAAUGUGGAAGAUGCCCAGGCUGUGUUCUCGCAGAUGGUCGAGAAGAACGUCAUUGCUUGGAAUGUGCUCAUUGCAGCGUAUGCGCAGAACGGUGAGGAGGAGGAGGCACUUAGGCUCUUUGUCAGGCUGAAAAGAGAAUCAAUUUGGCCAACACAUUACACAUACGGAAAUGUUCUCAACGCCUGUGGGAAUGUUGCUGAUCUUCAGCUGGGUCAGCAAGCUCAUGUGCAUGUCCUGAAGGAAGGUUUCCGCUUCGACUUUGGACCAGAGUCUGAUGUGUUUGUUGGGAACUCCCUUGUAGACAUGUACCUGAAGACAGGGUCCAUCGACGAUGGUGUGAAGGUGUUUGAGAGGAUGGCAGCCAGGGAUAAUGUGUCGUGGAAUGCCAUGAUUGUUGGUCAUGCGCAGAACGGCCGUGCGAAAGAUGCGCUGCAUCUUUUCGACAGAAUGCUGUGCAGCAAAGAGAGCCCAGACUCUGUCACCAUGAUUGGCGUUCUGUCAGCCUGUGGCCAUUCCGGAUUGGUAGAGGAGGGCCGGAGAUACUUUCGGUCCAUGACCGAGGAUCAUGGGAUAACUCCAUCCCAGGAUCACUAUACAUGCAUGAUUGAUUUGCUUGGUCGUGCCGGCCAUCUAAAAGAAGUUGAGGAGCUCAUAAAGGAAAUGCCAAUGGAACCUGACGGCGUUCUCUGGGCAUCUCUGCUUGGUUCUUGCAGGCUACAUAAGAAUAUUGAGAUGGGAGAAUGGGCAGCUGGGAAGCUGUUUGAGCUUGAUCCUGAGAACUCUGGACCCUAUGUUCUUCUCUCCAAUAUGUACGCUGAGUUAGGGAAAUGGGCUGAUGUUUUCAGAGUGAGGAGAUCCAUGAAGAGCAGAGGUGUCAGCAAGCAGCCUGGCUGUAGCUGGAUUGAGAUAGGCAGGCAAGUAAGCGUGUUUCUCGCACGAGAUAAUGGACAUCCAUGCAGAAACGAGAUACAUGAUACCUUGAGAAUCAUUCAGAUGCAGAUGAGCAGGGUGAGUGUAGAUGCUGAAUAUGCCGAUUGCAUGGUGAAUUACAGCUCUGAAGCCUGUGGCUAGAACU